GAAUCGAAGCGAGCAUUGCAAACCUUCAUAAUUUGUGGAAGUGUAAAUUGAGCAGGGCACGUCAAAGGCAAAUUCGACUGUACGAUCGUAAAUCAUUAGUAUGCAUUAUACUUUGUUAAAUUUACCAUGGAGACACACCGCCGCAUAACGAGACAACGGCACUGGUGAGUCAUAUACGACUUGAGAGUGGCGCGUCCAAUUUAGAGUGUGAUGAAUUCUUAGAAAAAAAAUAAUAAGUGAAAAGAGGACCCAAAUACAUUCAUAAAAAACGUUGGUUUAUGACCUGAGAAAAGAGAGAGAUUUUUUUCACUCAAUACAUAGCACUUUUAGCAUUGCGCUCAAUUGCCACAUGUGUUUUUUUGUUCAAAGCAAAUUUGUGUACAUUUGCGUAUAUGGCGUUGUGGGCAAUGAUAAAGAUAUUUUGUUUUGACCCUUGAAAACAUCAAAACCUUCAAUUUUGUUACUUUUUCUAGGAAAUUUAUUUAUUGCCCAUCGACGCCGAUUUUGGGAAAUAUCAUGUUACUUUUUAUGCAUCUUUGCAAUUGAUUUUUCCGUUUUUUUUUUCUUUUUUGAAUGAUAAAAUUUUGUUCUUUCGUUUAACUAAAAAUGUUCCAUUUUAAUAUAAUAACAAAAAUAAUUUUGACGACAAUCAGAGCUAUCGACAUAUGUAUGUGGCAAAAUGACGCCUUGAAAUGUGUUACUAAAGAAAAGACAGACAUUGCCAAUCGUGUGGAAAAUAAGAAAUUGCUUGAAUUUGAUAGUGUUUAUCGAUAAUCCGAUAACUGUUAUCACUUUAUAAACAUUGAUAGUGAAUUGAAAAUGGUAUGCAUUCGAUGAAUUGCACAUGCAGUACCAAUUGCAUCGAUAUCGUAUCUGAAGUGAUAAUAGCUUAUAAACUAGCUGCAACUGAUUUUCUAAUCAUUCUGAUCAUAAUAAUAAUUUAAAGUAAGUUUGUGUGCACAUUUUUGGAGAAAACCCAUUUGGCUGCAGCCAAAAUAUGUUUUGUGUCGGUUCUUUUAUAUUCUGAUAUGUGAGAUAUACGAUCGCAUUGUGCAAAAAAUUGACCAAACAAAAAUCGCAGAGUGAAAUACUCCAAACCGAAAUCAAAAUCGACUUGUUCACAAUUUUACAUGUUUCAAUGGUCACCCAUCAGAACUGUGAUUGCGGACCGAUACAUUCAUAUUUUGAGUGACUGCAUUAGUUGUGUUCAUUUCGAUACGAAUAAGGAGGAAAGAAACAAAACAAUAGCCGACAUUCAACGACAGAAUGACGUAAGCACGAUCAAUGCUAUGCGAGAAAUGAAUCUACGACGAAAUAUUUUAAGAAUGUAGUUCUACGCAUGUGUGUGUGCUUUACAUGUAUAGAUUGGCCAGCGCAAAUGUAGGAUUUGAAUCAUCUGUGUACCAAGCCAUGGAUUGGUAAUUUGAAGCAGUCAUAAGCAGUAUUUAUAUGUUAUCGUUUGUGGACAGUUGUGAUGAAGUCAACAGCCGAAAAUCCGUAUAUUUGACAAUACAAAUUGUGUUUUUAAUUGGUUCAACAUCGUAAAUUCAAAAGUUUACAUUAUAAUUUUCUGAUUUUUUUCACUUGCAUUCUAAUUUCCGGUAAAAUGAAAUGAGUUUAGCUACCCAAAUAAAAAAAAAACUGUGUACUUUUGCAGAAUUGCGCAGAGCUGCACGGAGAUAGAGGCGAAUAGUAAACAACACAAACGUAAGUUUGCGUUUGUGUGCGCAAUGGUUAGUAUGCGGAUCCUUAUAAACUGUUUCGUCUAUCUCCGCACAACUCAGUGCAUUUCCGUAUAAGUCCAUAAUUGAACCAUUUGGAUAAUCAGUUUUUCGACAGAACAUGAACAGAGAGUACGUUUUUUUUGGUGUUUCUAGAGAACAAUCGACGGUUUUGUUGCUGAAAAAUUAUUAUUUCAUUUUAAAUGAAACAAAUCGAAUUGAAUUCAUCAACAUUUUUUGUCGUAGUUCCGUGAAUAACGUUUCAAGUGCUAGAAAGAAAUAGAGAAGAAAAAAAAACAAAACCAAUACAUUCAAAUCACAAAUAUUUAUGCAUACUUUCUUGAAUCUAAUGCUUUUAUACACACCAUGGUGGCGAUGAAAGCAGUGACUGAAACAAGUUGGAUCUUCCUCUUCUUCUUAUUGUGAAAUUCAUUUUUAUUCCAUGGAAAGCAAUGUAAAAUCCAAAUUUUUUCAACUCAUGUUAAAAAAACAAACUAGAAGUUACAUCUAGAUCCAAAUACGAAUUGAUAAGAAAAUCUGUUUAGAAAAAAACGUGUUUAUGAUGAAAUAAAUUGUGUUACUGUAUGAUAUUAAAGGGACUGAUAUCAUCUGAACGGAAGUGCUACUCACAAAAGAUUCAAAUUAAAACGACACAAAAUAUCAUAGUUCAGCGAAUGUAAAAUAUACGAUAAAGUUGAGUGAAAAGUGUGAGGGUUUAUUUCGCUCUGAGUUAAAGGAUGAAAUGUGUUUUUGUUUCACUGAAUUUAUUAAAUAACAAAAAUCAACCAAAAAGUCUGAUAUAUGACCAAAUGAUACCAAAUUAUUGUUCAAAAAAAAGUUUUUCACAUUAUUAGGACAGUAAUAAGUUGUGUCGCAUGGAUUGAUUGCAAAUUGUGUAGAUUAACAUUCGUCUGCGUAGAAAUAAGAAGUCUCUUGAAUAUUAUAACGUCCAAAAUCAUAUUUUUUUUAUCGAUCAUUUUAUAAAUUGUUAUGUUAUAACAAUUAUCGCUCAAGCAAUAUUACGCAACGUGGUUGUACUUUACAUGCAAUAGACAAACGCUAGUACAGGACGUUACAGAGUCUUUGCAAGGUUUUUCUUGAUUGUCAAUCGUGGGCAUUUUUGUGUGUUGACUACAAGACAUCAAAUAUAUUGGAAAUUCUCGUGUUGCUUCGUAAGAAUUUAUUGUGAACUUAAAGUGAAUGCACAACAAUAUUGCACGUGUAGUAACAUUUACAUUAAUAUCAUAUCGAUCGUACUAAAGUGAUAAGAAAUGUUAUGAAAUUGCUAUUGAAAUUGCCCAUAAAUACGGUGCUACUGACUUAUAAGUAACCUUAUUUUUUCGAAUGAAAUAAAAUCUCAUCAUUUUGUCAUAUCUCUUGAAGACUCUAGUGAAGUUCGAGACAUUUUUUCGAAAUUCUACUUUGAUCAAAUGUUUAAUUACAUGAUUCAAAACGUACGAAAAUUUAAUUAACAUUAAAUUUCUAUUCGUCCCAUUAUCCGGUGGUUUUAUAGAAAGAUGGAGUUUGAGCAAGUAAUGAUCAUACUGAUCAGUGGAUUGUACGGUGCAGUCAUUAUACUGAUCUUGAUGUGGAUGAAAAUGAUACGAAUGGAACAGAAUCGGACUGCUGCGGUCGAUAGCGGUCUUGCCACACCACCGUCACCAAAACUCGACACACCACCAAAGGACAGCAUCUGCGAACAGUCAGAUGUAGCAAAACCGGAAGCUACCACGUUCUCUUUUGCAGAAAUCGCUAAGUCCAAUGGAGGAUUCCAUUUUAAAAUAUCCAGUAAAGAACUUGGAUCAGAAGCAUUUAAAUUGGAUACAAAUUCUGGUGAUGGUUCAUUGUUGUGCACCCUUUUAAAUACAAAUCAGAAUGAAGGUGUACUGAAAACAACAUCGGUGGAUAGUGUCAUUUCUGAACGGAGUGGAAUAUGUGCAUUUUGCCAAUACGAAAAAAACGAAACCACUGGUCAGUCGAAGAGAAUAUUCAAGUCGGCGACGCAAAAUAGGAAUUUCAAUAGUAAGAUAUCAAACACUGGAAGAUCGCAGGAACGAAAAAAAUUGGCCGUUCGAUAUACAGGAAUCAAUCGACAAAAUCCAGAGAUGACUAAGCGCACGCUCAGUAGCGUAUUCAGCAACUCAACUGAGAGUCGUUUUCUGCUCUGUGCGUUUACACUCACUUCGUUAUGAGUUUAUGUGCGCACUCUGACUUUGUUGUUAAGAAAUGUGUGCGCACUCUAACUCUGUUGCCUAUUAUGGUUUAUACACACAUAUAAAGAGUUGAGUGUGUAUUGUCUUAUUCUUUUCUUUGUGUUUCUUUCUUUGUAUAUCCUCUCUAUUGUUUCUUCGUUGUGUACGAGUGCGGUGUAGCGCACUCCGUUGGUGCGCUUAUACUCUCUUCAUGGAGUGGGUUUGUUUGUGCUGCAGCGCAAUAUCGCACUGAGCAUGUUUUGAGCACGCAAACUCAGUGUCCGUGCGGCCGUUGCUCGGUCACUCGGUGCGCUUCAGUCAUCUCUGACAAAAUCCACGUAAAAUUAAUUCAUUUAACACAAAUGAUGGUAUACUGCAAACGACACCGCCGCAUAACAAAUUUGCAUCGCCAAUAAAAACCUUUUCUUCAGUCAAUAAGACGACAAGCGAAUUUACUUUUACUCAACCAAAUUUUGUAUCGGACCUAAAACCCAAGAAAAUAGAAGAUACGAUCCAUGAGAUUAAUGAUCUAGAAGAGUUGCUGGUUCCUGAGACACGAUUUCAUCGCGAUUUACCUACCGAAGAGUUUAAAAAAUGGUGUUCGGAUGAUACAUUUUUGAUAAUGGGUCCGGAUCAAGAGAUUUUACGACAUGAAAAAAUAUUAUACGUGCUCGUUCAUGACUUAAUGCCCAACAUUGAGUUCCUGAAGAAGUACGGCACUCAAAUAGAACACUUGCGAAUUUAUUGUAAAAGUGUCAACAAAGUUCAGCCAUCUAUAUACGCUGUAAUUAGUGAAAAUUGCUCGCAGAAUUUGAAAGAAAUUGAAUUUUAUGACCUCGAAGGCGAUGAGAUCAAUCUUUUCACUAAAGAAUUCCCAGUAAUCGAACGAAUUCAAUUCAAAAGUGGAAAAAUUGGCCAAAAUGUCGUUGACGCAUUCAAGAGAAACUUUUCAAAUGUUCAGAAAUUGGAAUUUAGUCACACACUUACUACGAUCAACGAUCGAAGGAUUAUCAAUGGUUACUAUAACAAUUUGAAAAGUUUCGAAGCAUCUUAUGAUGAAAGCGGAACGAUUUUUGAUGAAUCGGACAUCGAAAGAGCAUUGUAUAUGAACAAAGAUCACCUACAAAAGAUCAUAUUAUGGGGAGUACUCUCGCCAACGUUUUUAAGAUUUAUCAGCGAUAAAUUCCCGCAGCUCAAAAAAAUGUCCAUAAAAAAAGUGCCCGAACGUGUUAUUGCCCAUCCGCCAAAUGGCCGUCUCUAUGCAUUCAAACAGUUGCACCAAUUUGAAAUGUCAAGUGUUUUCACGGCUCGUGGAUUGAACUGUCCAUUUGAUUUCGGUCACCUGCAAAAGGUCAUAUUGGACUUAAGGUUCUUGCCUGAUUCAUGGAUUGACGAUUUUCUUGUGAAAAAUCCACAAAUCAAUCAUUUAUCAUUGAGUAUUACGCCAAAUGGGAUAAAUGACAGUAUGAUUUCCAAAAUAAAGAAAGCAUUGCCUAAUCUACGCUACUUGGAAAUUGACAAUGCAUCGAAUGUAUGUUCAACCACAAUUAUGAAGUUACUUGAAGACAAAAACCUGAAUGAUCUGCUGUUUUCGCAUUUUAAUUCAUUUGCGUAUUCUCUGUUGCGAAGUGAGUCAGAGAAAAUCAAGGCAUUAGGCUGGAGUGUGAAGCUGUUUUCCAAGUUUUAUGGUGCCAAAUUCGAGCGUAACAAAGAAAAAGAAACGAAUACAAACAGCGAUGUCUUUGAUUCGGUAAAAAGAAAAACGGAAAAAGUCAAAGCGGCACAAUUAUAUGAAUGGUACGAAACACAAGUGAAAAACAAAAAAGAUGCCACCAAGGAUCUGAAAGAGAAAGAAAUCAAUCCAUUCAUCAAGACGGCUGACAAAAUAUCCAAUAGUUGCACUUCUAAAGCACCACAAUAUGGGUUUAAACAUACUGAAAAACCUGAUUUUAGACCGUUGAAAUUCUCGAUCCCAUGUGAAGCUACAGUCAGUUCAUCAACAUCUACAGUGACAUCAACAGCGACCGUGACAACUAAACCUUCAUUUUCAUUUGGAUCUUCAUUUAGUUCUGGCACAUCAACGAAUGCAACUGUGUCUACCACUCCUUCAUUCGGGACACCUGCCUUCGGGAGCUUCAAUUUUGGAACUAAAACGCUGCAUUCCACAGAGACAAGUCACCGAAAUGAAGUCUCAAAAUCUACUAAAGAAGCACCUUCAUUUGGAACUCCCGUGGAUUUUCAACCGCAUUUAGCAUUUGGAAUUGCAAAAACUUCACCAAUAUUUGGAGAAAAGCCUUCGGUUUUCGGGACUGUAUCAUCACCGGCAUUUAAAGCCACCGAAAGCAUAAAAGCUACCAGCAUUUUUGGUAGCCCAAAUACAACUGUGUUUAGUAAGUGGGAAAAAUCAUUCACUGGAUUCGGAACAUCGGCCGUGAAAUAUCAACCAACUAUAGGAACCGAUUCGAUAGACAGUCAAAUUGUUACAAGAUUUAAUAACAUCACCGCUAUGGUGGAAUACAAAGAAAAAAGUGUCGAUGAAUUGCGGAUGGAACACUAUAAAAACAAAUUGUUGUAAGAAAUAUAUAGGGAAAAAGUGAAUUUUUUUUCAAAACUUUCAUGGAAUUUAGAUUACAUAUCAAUAUUUUAAGUUUAGUUUAACAAAUGAUUGCUCAGAAUAUUUUCCAAAGCACCGUUAUUCCUCCUUAAAAAUAUUUAGUUUUCAUUUUAUUUAGAAAUUUAUUUAAUGUUAUCAAUAUUUUUUAUAUUUACAAACAUGGGAUCUGCUCAAAUUGAAAUAAGUUUUUGUGCCAGUGCUAAAAAAAAGCCUUACGACAACAUCAUACUUUUUAAGUACUUUGGUUUAAAAUAGAAUAACUUCUAUUAUCCACUUGUGGAAUGUCCACCAAAAUUACAACACUUUUUAGAAUUUCGAUUUUUCACUUUUUUUUAGGUUUUUACCAAUAACUCUCAAAUGUUUCAAGAGCUCAACCAGUUUUUAUUUUAAAAUAUAUAGAUAAGAGGCAAACUAUAAUUAUGCAAUAUAUGAACACCCUUUGCAACCAGAUGUUCUGGCUACAGCCGUGCAUCAUUUACAAUUGAAA